AAUCAUCGAUCGUGGAGUACAGAAGAGGAACCAGCAAGACACAUUUCAUUUCACAUUGGGAACACUCGCUUUUGAGGCACUCUCACACCCGAGUACACAGCCAUGUGGCCAUCACAGCUACUAGUCUUCAUGAUGCUUGUAGCACCAGUCAUUCAAGGUGGCAAGCACAGUGAGCGACAUCCAGGCCUCGCUGCUCCACUGCGACAUGCUGAGCGCAGCCCAGGAGGCGCUCUCCCACCCAGACAUCUCCUUCAGCAACCAGCAGCAGAGCGUGCCACUGCUCAUCGCGGACAAGGGCCCCGUGGAGCUACCAGAGGAGUUCGUGGUCCAGGUGCCCAAGGAGCCCAGAGUGCAGCCCAAGCUUUCAGCCGUGCCCCAAUUCCGAUGGCUGUGGUUCGCAGAGAGCUCUCCUGUGAGAGCUACCCCAUCGAGCUCCGCUGUCCAGGAACAGAUGUCAUCAUGAUAGAAAGUGCCAACUAUGGGAGGACUGAUGACAAAAUUUGUGACUCUGACCCUGCUCAGAUGGAGAAUAUACGAUGCUAUCUGCCAGAUGCCUAUAAGAUUAUGUCUCAAAGGUGCAAUAACAGAACGCAGUGUGCAGUGGUGGCAGGUCCUGAUGUUUUUCCAGACCCGUGUCCAGGAACCUAUAAAUACCUUGAAGUGCAGUAUGAAUGUGUCCCUUACAUUUUUCUUUGUCCUGGACUACUAAAAGGAGUGUACCAGAGUGAACAUUUGUUUGAAUCUGACCACCAAUCUGGGGCAUGGUGCAAAGACCCUCUACAGGCCUCUGACAAGAUUUAUUAUAUGCCCUGGACUCCCUACAGAACUGAUACCCUGACGGAGUACUCAUCCAAGGAUGACUUCAUCGCUGGAAGGCCAACUACAACCUACAAGCUCCCUCACAGGGUGGAUGGCACAGGAUUUGUAGUGUAUGACGGAGCUUUGUUUUUCAACAAAGAACGCACCAGGAACAUAGUAAAAUUUGAUUUGCGGACUAGGAUAAAGAGUGGAGAGGCUAUCAUAGCAAAUGCCAAUUACCAUGAUACCUCCCCUUACCGAUGGGGAGGCAAGUCUGACAUAGACCUCGCAGUGGAUGAAAACGGGCUAUGGGUAAUCUAUGCAACAGAACAAAAUAAUGGUAAAAUUGUCAUUAGUCAAUUGAACCCUUAUACCCUACGGAUUGAAGGGACAUGGGAUACUGCAUAUGAUAAAAGAUCAGCUUCCAACGCAUUUAUGAUUUGCGGGAUUCUGUAUGUGGUCAAAUCUGUAUAUGAGGAUGAUGAUAACGAGGCCACAGGGAAUAAGAUUGACUACAUUUACAACACCGAUCAAAGUAAGGAUAGUUUGGUGGAUGUACCCUUUCCCAAUUCAUACCAAUACAUAGCAGCUGUGGAUUACAACCCCAGGGACAACCUUCUGUACGUAUGGAAUAACUAUCAUGUCGUGAAAUACUCUUUGGAUUUUGGACCUCUGGAUAGCAGAUCAGGGCAGGCACAUCAUGGACAGGUGUCUUACAUCUCUCCGCCAAUUCACCUUGACUCUGAGCUAGAAAGACCCCCUGUUAGAGAAAUCUCUACCACAGGACCUCUUGGCAUGGGAAGCACCACCACCAGUACCACCCUGCGGACCACAACUUGGAGCCCCGGGAGGACCACCACCCCAUCCAUGUCAGGAAGAAGAAACCGGAGUACCAGCACCCCAUCUCCAGCUGUGGAGGUGCUUGAUGACAUUACCACACACCUGCCAUCAGCAUCCUCCCAAAUCCCAGCUCUGGAAGAGAGCUGUGAAGCUGUGGAAGCCCGAGAAAUCAUGUGGUUCAAGACCCGUCAAGGACAGAUGGCCAAGCAGCCAUGCCCUGCAGGAACGAUAGGAGUAUCAACUUAUCUCUGCCUGUCUCCUGAUGGAAUCUGGGAUCCCCAAGGACCGGAUCUUAGCAACUGUUCUUCUCCUUGGGUCAACCAUAUAACACAAAAGUUGAAAUCUGGAGAGACAGCUGCCAACAUUGCUAGGGAAUUGGCCGAACAAACAAGAAACCAUUUGAAUGCUGGAGAUAUCACCUACUCAGUCCGUGCCAUGGACCAGCUGGUAGGCCUCCUAGAUGUACAACUUCGGAACUUGACCCCAGGUGGAAAAGAUAGUGCUGCACGAAGUUUGAACAAGCUUCAGAAAAGAGAGCGCUCUUGCAGAGCCUAUGUCCAGGCAAUGGUCGAGACAGUUAACAACCUCCUCCAGCCACAAGCCUCAAAUGCGUGGAGAGACCUGACUACAAGCGAUCAACUACGUGCAGCCACCAUGUUGCUUGACACUGUGGAGGAAAGUGCUUUUGUGCUGGCUGAUAACCUUUUGAAGACUGACAUUGUCAGGGAGAACACAGACAAUAUUCAAUUGGAAGUCGCAAGGCUGAGUACAGAAGGAAACUUAGAAGACCUAAAAUUUCCAGAAAACAUGGGUCACGGAAGCACCAUCCAACUGUCCGCCAAUACAUUAAAACAGAAUGGCCGAAACGGAGAGAUCAGAGUGGCCUUUGUCCUGUACAAUAACUUGGGUCCUUAUUUGUCCACGGAGAAUGCCAGCAUGAAGUUGGGAACAGAGGCUAUGUCCACCAAUCAUUCUGUUAUUGUCAAUUCCCCUGUUAUUACCGCAGCAAUAAACAAAGAGUUCAGCAAUAAGGUUUAUUUAGCUGAUCCUGUGGUGUUCACCGUUAAACAUAUUAAGCAGUCUGAGGAGAAUUUCAACCCUAACUGUUCAUUUUGGAGCUAUUCCAAGCGCACAAUGACAGGUUAUUGGUCAACACAAGGCUGUCGGCUCCUGACAACAAAUAAAACACACACUACAUGCUCUUGUAACCACCUAACCAAUUUUGCAGUACUGAUGGCACAUGUGGAAGUUAAGCACAGUGAUGCGGUCCAUGACCUUCUUCUGGAUGUGAUCACAUGGGUUGGAAUUUUGCUGUCCCUUGUUUGUCUCCUGAUUUGCAUCUUCACAUUUUGCUUUUUCCGCGGGCUCCAGAGUGACCGUAACACCAUCCACAAGAACCUCUGCAUCAGCCUUUUUGUAGCUGAACUGCUCUUCCUGAUUGGGAUCAACCGAACUGACCAACCGAUUGCCUGUGCCGUUUUCGCUGCGCUCUUACAUUUCUUCUUCUUGGCCGCCUUCACCUGGAUGUUCCUGGAGGGGGUGCAGCUCUACAUCAUGCUGGUGGAGGUUUUUGAGAGUGAGCAUUCACGAAGGAAAUACUUCUACCUGGUGGGCUACGGGAUGCCCGCGCUCAUCGUGGCUGUGUCAGCUGCCGUAGACUACAGGAGUUACGGAACAGAUAAAGUAUGUUGGCUCCGACUUGACACCUACUUCAUUUGGAGCUUUAUAGGACCAGCGACCUUGAUAAUUAUGCUUAAUGUAAUCUUCCUUGGGAUUGCUCUAUAUAAAAUGUUUCAUCAUACUGCCAUUCUGAAACCUGAAUCGGGCUGCCUUGAUAAUAUCAAGUCAUGGGUAAUAGGUGCAAUAGCUCUUCUCUGCCUAUUAGGAUUGACCUGGGCCUUCGGACUCAUGUAUAUUAAUGAAAGCACAGUCAUCAUGGCGUAUCUCUUCACCAUAUUCAAUUCUCUACAGGGAAUGUUUAUAUUCAUUUUCCAUUGUGUCCUACAAAAGAAGGUACGAAAAGAGUAUGGGAAAUGCCUGCGAACGCAUUGUUGUAGUGGCAAAAGUACAGAGAGUUCCAUUGGCUCAGGGAAAACAUCUGGUUCUCGAACUCCUGGACGCUACUCCACAGGCUCACAGAGCCGAAUUCGUAGAAUGUGGAAUGACACGGUCCGAAAGCAGUCAGAGUCUUCCUUCAUUACUGGAGAUAUAAACAGUUCAGCGUCACUCAACAGAGGGUCCUAUCUUCCCUGCAUUCAGGCGUGUGUAUCAUAUUUAGAGGGGCUUCUGAACAAUGCCAGGGAUACAAGUGUCAUGGAUACUCUACCACUGAAUGGUAACCAUGGCAAUAGUUACAGCAUUGCCAGUGGUGAAUACCUGAGCAACUGUGUGCAAAUCAUAGACCGUGGCUAUAACCACAACGAGACCGCCCUAGAGAAAAAGAUUCUGAAGGAACUCACUUCCAACUAUAUCCCGUCUUACCUGAACAACCACGAACGCUCCAGUGAACAGAACAGGAAUCUGAUGAACAAGCUGGUGAAUAACCUCGGCAGUGGGAGUGAAGACGAUGCCAUUGUCCUGGAUGAUGCCACCUCCUUUAACCAUGAGGAGAGUUUGGGCCUGGAACUCAUUCAUGAGGAAUCUGAUGCUCCUUUGCUUCCCCCAAGAGUUUACUCUGCAGAGAACCACCAGCCACACCAUUACACCAGAAGGCGGCUCCCCCAAGACCACAGUGAGAGCUUUUUCCCUUUGCUAACCAACGAGCACACAGAAGAUCUCCAGUCACCCCACAGGGACUCUCUGUACACCAGCAUGCCGGCACUGGCUGGUGUGCCUGCCGCAGAGAGCGUUACCACCAGCACCCAGACCGAACCCCCACCGGCCAAAUGUGGUGAUGCCGAAGAUGUUUACUACAAAAGCAUGCCAAACCUAGGCUCCAGAAACCACGUCCAUCAGCUGCACACCUACUACCAGCUAGGUCGCGGUAGCAGUGAUGGAUUUAUAGUUCCUCCAAACAAAGAUGGGACCCCUCCAGAGGGCAGUGCAAAAGGACCAGCUCAUUUGGUCACUAGUCUAUAGAAGAUGACACAGAAAUUUAAACCAACAAAACUGCUAACACCUGGUUGACUGUUCUGAGUUGCUAUAAGCAGUGGUAAUAAUGUGUGUACUCCUAAAUCUUUAUGCUGUUCUCGAAAGACAAACUCUCAGACUUUUUUUUUUUUUUAAACUGGGAUUUUUAGGUCAGCCCAGGGGAGAAGGAUAACUGCUGAAAUUCCCCUGUGCCCUCUCCUUUCCUGUCUUUCCCCCUCAGAUGGAGACUUCAUUAUGUUAAUGAACGAGAUAUGAAGAAAAUGGCGCUCAUUGUGGCCUUGUUGAAUUCUGUUGUGUUUGUUCUAACAUCUCUGAUGCUCUGUUACUAUCGUUACAAGGACCUGAUUUUUAAAAGGCCAGAAUGGUUGUUUGAAAUUAGUAACAAUGCUGCAUCUAGAUUGGAGUGCUGCACAAACAAACAUAAAAACAAAGCAAAACUGUAUCACAUAGUGGUUUUUCGUCACUCACAACCUGAAUUCACCACAGCCGGGAUAGCUGUGGAAUACAAAAUAAAACAACAAAAUUAAUAAUGAAAUGGAGGGGAAUUCUAGAAUUAUAUGCUAAAUGCAUAUUUUAUGAUUUGCUGUAUUAACUGAUGAUAAAACUAAUGGCAGAAAAAAAUUGAACAAUUUCUAUGUAAUGUACAGAUACUAGCAUUGCACAUAUAGUCAGCUUUCUGUUCCUCCAGAAUUUGAGUCCUGUUAAUGUAGUGGAAAAAAAGAGAUAUUUUCUUUUUCUUUCGUGCUGGUCUUGCAAGUUUGUCUACCAGUAAGAGAGCAAAGUUUCCUUCCUUUCUUCUUUCUUUUCUUCCUUCCUUCAUUUUCUUUCCUUUUUUUUUCUCUUUUUGCUUUUUUUCUUUCUCUUUUUUUCUUUCUUUCUUUCUUUCUGCUUUUUCUUAUUGCUUUUUUUCUUUAAAACUUCACCUGGCAAAAAAAUAAAUAAAUAAAUAAAUAAAUGAAACUAUCACUUUAUAAGAAUCAUUUUCUAGUAAUACAAACAAAUUAUUUUUUACAAAAAAAAUAAAAUAAAUAAAAUUAGACUUCCUUCCCUCACUAUAUAUCUUUAUUCAGUCAGAGUAUUUCCAGAAGCAUUUUUGCAAAUUAGAGCAGGACAAACUUUUAUGUUUACAGCGCACAUCUGUUGUAAUGCAAAGCAUAUUUGGCAAGCAGUUUAUCACCAAGACAGUAGCUAUGAUUCUAGAAGUCGAGAGGUGUCAAUAGAACUAGUGGGGCUUCUGCAUGUGAAAAAAAAAAAAAAAAAAAACAAUAUCCCAUAGGCGUUAAAGUGCUGAAUGCUCAGUCUGAUCCCCAAGUGGGCACCUGCACUACCAAUUUUUAAAGGAAAUUCACUCCCUUGUAGUAAGAAACGAAAGGUCAAGUUAUUUUGAAGUGAUUUUUUUAAAAAGACUCUUCUGUUUAUUAACAGGAAAAUUUAUUUAUUUGACAGGAUUUUAAGUAAUGUAGGAAUACAAGAGGUAAAUUAGCAGCACAUAUAAUUUUUUUUAAAUUUAUGAUCCAUUUUGUAUGGUCUCAAAGUUGGAUGACCUCAUUACUAAUAUUUGUUGUAAAAGUGAAACUUGUUUGCCAACCAAUAAACAACUGAUUGAGAUUUAGAAGAUAUCGUUUUGAUGUAUGUACUAUAUGAUUAAUUAUUCUUUUCAUUUUUCUCGCCUUUCUUCUGUUUUCCUUAUAUAUACUUUGCCAAUCCUCUAUGGCCCAAAGGAGCCAUGCGAAAGAAAUCAGAUCUGCCUAGAUGGAUAACCUAAGCACAAAAUUAUACCGUUUUUGCAGAGAGAGUAAACCAGGAAAAUAGGAUGGACACGUUUAUGUUGGAAAAAAUAAGAUAUAUAACUCACGGUUAAGCAGGUUCAUAUAUGUUACUGUGUGCUUAUUUUAUAAAACAGCUGCAGUCACUAUGCCUGCUAUAAAAACCAGCUUCAAUCAGAGAUUUAAGUAUUGAAUUGGAUGAGUGGGUGGGUCAUGUAUUUUCCUUCCUUGUAAGUUCCAUUUCGAUGGUAGAAAUUUAAAGUUACUCAAUUGGCUAAAAACUGCCAGAAUAGUGGCAAAAAAGAAUAUCCAUUUUAUAAAGAUAAUAGAAGAUAUUUAUGCUAAUUUUUCUUGUCCCCUGUACGGAAAAAAGCCCUUCCAAAGUAACUUUGCAGAUCUCCAAUUACUGAAGAACCUUUACCAAGAGUGUCUGUCUAAGGAUGGAAUCCCUUCUAGAGCAAAGUCAGAAUGAAUUUGCCAAAUUAUAAUUUCUCUUAUACUAUGUGAUAUUCUGGUGAUUUAUUUUUUCUUUUUUCUCCCAAAAUCUAAACACCACCCAUCUAUAAAUUAAUUUCCUAAAUUAAGAUGAGAAGGAGUAGUUUACAGAAUAGCCAGUAACCUAUAUAUAGUUUAAAAAUAUAAGACAAAAAAAGAUUUUCUGUGCUGGGCCAGAGUACAUCAAAACCUUAAUAUCACCUCAAAAUAUCUUAUGCAUCAUUCCUUUUUGGUCACUUAACAUAAGUAUUUUUUAAGUAUCUGGAUUUUUUUUUUUUUAAGUUGCAGGAGAACCUCAAGCUUUACUGGUAAUUAGGUUCUCACAUACCACACUAUGGCAAUAUUAGCACCUGACAGGUGGUUAGCCUAUCUGUUGCAUAGAGUACAUCUGGCAAUGAAAGAACCCUUUUUAGACAAGUUUAAGGUAACUUCAGAAACACAGAUGUGAUCUGUGGAUUAUGAGCACUUAUGCUUGUUUUGCCAAUUCAACAGAAAUCUAUGUGAAAGCAGCUCUGUCGGUAAGAAGCUAGUUUCACAGAACAAUGGGGAAACUACCUCAACUCAGCUUGCUGAUGCUGCCAAUUCUGAUUUUCUGAUAUUGCUACCUCCCUGCCCGUUAUCUCUUACGUUUCAUUACAUGGAAAUUUGAAACAGGUAGCCUCCCCAGCUUUACAUAGACCAAGCUGAGGAAAAUCAAUUGAAUACAAACUGAUGCAGAAGGCGAUUUAGUACUGUCAGUUACUACCAAGCUCUUGAAUCAAGAUGAAAGGAUGAGAUUUUAAAAUUUGAGUACAUGAGAAUUGUGCUUUUAGAAAGACUUAAGAUCCCAAAGACUUUUACAGAAAGAGAUUGUUCCCCCAAGUUUUAUGCCACUAUAAUACAAACAAAACUGUAGAUAAAGGAGUUAAUUAUGUAUACAUUUCAAUAGAAAUUUGUGUAUAUCUAACAUGUAUUGAUUUAGUCCGUUCUACACUAGCAAGGGUUAAAUUCCUGAGCUUGAUUCUUUCCCCAUGUAUUUCCUUCUGUAGCUAUUGAAAAAUUAAUAAUUUUAAUUUUUUCUUGUUUUUUCCCCACCUUUGGUUGACUAUGUUUCAGUACCCUGUGCCAUUCAUGACCUACUUAUCUGCCUAUUUCUGAUGUGUUUAUCUGAUUUUCUAUAAAGAGGUAAAUUUUCAUCAAACAGACGUACUGUACAUACAUAGCACAUAAUUGAUAGCUGCGAGUUAAAGUUAUGCCAAUGAGACAGACCCAAUUAUUAUUUCCUAGUAAAAUAAUAUUUUUAUAAUAUUUUACUCUUAAACUUCUUUUUUUUUCUUUUUGAGGUCUAUUUCCAUGGUACUUUAUCAGGACACUAGCUAACAAACCUCAUGUUUAGCUGAUUCACAGACUAUUGGAUUGUUGCACAGCCUGUGUUCCUAAUUGAUAAUAUUUAUGGAGAAAUCUAAAUUUUGUGAGGGAGAAAUAGGUUUAACUUCCAUUAAGUUUUUUGAGUAUCCCUCUGGUUCCACUCUAUCAAAGUUAAAAAUACCAUAGUUGAAUAAUAAAUUGCUAUGCUAGAAUAAUCAUAAUGACAAAAAAGCUCUUUUGUGAGAACAAUUACUUUGAGAUAAAAAUAAUCAGGAAACUGCAUUAAUCAAAUGAUGAUAAUGGAAAUACCCUUAACUUCCUGUCCAACAAAUUCACAAAGACUCUAAAUUAAAGUGUGGUUUAUGAUAUGUAUUUUUAAAAUCCCCAUUAGCCUAAAAGUGUCAACAUAUUGAUAAAAGAUCUUUAAAAUUUAGUGUUUUUAACUUAGUUGAUAUGAUGAAAUUUUUCAUGGUAAUGGAGAUAAACAUAUAAGAGAAUUAGUAAUAUUCACAUAGAACCUGUAGACUUAGUUUUAUGCAAUAUCUUCAGCUUUUUCCCCACACAUGUUCAGAUUGAUUGACUGGUUUGAUUACUUUUAAAAAAUGACAUUAAAAAGGUUAGAUUUACUUUCUGCAUCAUAGAGCCCAACAGGGAAAAGAAAAAUAGUUUCUGGGUUGUCCAAGAUCAACUCCAAAUCAUCAAUAAUCAUCUCCUAUUAGUGAAAGAAUAAUCUAUCUUUACUCAUUUGUACUGUACCAAAGUGCUACUGCUUGAGAUGUUUUUGGAACCAGCAAAACACUAUAGAACUACUGUGAAUGUCAAUUCAGAUUUAGAGAGAGAGAGAGAGAUAAAUAAAUCCAAACCCUAAUUCGAUUUUGAGCAAUUCUAAAAAUAUUGACAUGAAUAUAUUUUCUUCUCUAACAAAAGUAUCUGAGAUAAAUAACGAUUGUACAAUCUUCCUAGUAUAUUGUAGUACCAAGGUAUUAAGAUUUAAUUAGUUCAUGAUUAUAACUUACCACAUAAAUACUUGCUAUGCAUUUCUAAAAAUACUUUAAAUAUUAUGUUAGAUUUCUGUGCAUUAAUAAAUUAGGAACAUGGAAGCAUAAGAGUGAAGCAGAAACAUUACAAAAUAUCUUAAAAAAGCAUUUUUGCGCAAGUGAAUUAAUUCAACGUGGAGAGAUUCUUUGAGAUCAUAAAAUAGAUUUGACGGAUCCCAACCAUAAAUUCAGUUUUGAAAUCACCAAAUCCAUCAUUUUUAAGCCAUCUGAAAAAUAUUGAUAAAUAUCUGAAUUUUCACUUCUAGUUAAAAAGUGUUGGUAGCUGCUUCUUUCCUGCCUAGGCCAGAAGAGGAAUCUUUCCUAUUUGUUAAAUAUCCUGAUUACUUCUACUUACCCCUUUGUUUUAAAAGUGAAAUAAAUCUUUAAAUUUCACCUAUUCACAUACUUACAUACUUUGAUUCCUUUUAUUUACAGCUGCAGAGGAAAUAACUUUGUGACUUUUGCAAUGAAACAGGUAGUUAUUAUGGUUUUGCCUAUUUCAUUCUUAAUAAAGUUGUUGCUAUACCCUCUUUCAAAAAAUGAAAAGUCAGCACGUCUCUAACAUUUAGGACCUUUAAGUUAUUAUUCAGAUGUCUUCAUUUCAACUAUGUUUUGAUGUUUCUUUCUCUCUCAUAGUAAUAUGUGACACAAUUUUUUCUCAUUUACUUUGUGUCCCAUUAGAGUAUUUCAAAGGUAAAUGCAAACUAUGAUGUUUAAGAAGGCAUGUGAGGGGCGAACUUUGACUUUAUAUGAAGAAGUCAAGGAAGACUAUACGAGGAAAAAAAGCUUCCAUUUGGAUAACCAGAUCUUUUCAAUCACAAUAUGAACAGAAGAAGGGCAGAACCAAGUUGGCAGACUUCUGGUGAGGUGGCAGGACCUAAAUUAGAAUUACAAAGAAAAAAAUUCCAGGAAAAAAUAAUGAAAUCGUUCAGCGUGAUAAAAAUCUUAGUGUACCAAAUGCUACUGAUGUGUUCAAAUAAAAUUGAAGUAUACCAUAUUAUAAUUUUAUUCUGCUGAUUCCACAGGGAACUCUAAACACUUUUCACACUAGAUAUUUCUUGUCUAGCCACACCUUGUCUCAAGGAAACAUGAAUAUUUUAUAAAUAUUUCUGAAAUACAAGUAUUUUUGCCUCAAGUCACUUUCACUCUCUAAUCUGCUUACUCUAUUGUAUGCCAACACAGUUAAUGCUACUAGUAGCUUUGUACCUUUUAGAGCUUUAUUAUGGAUCUUUCUAAUAAACAUUAAAUUAAUAUUAAAUUGGAAUUAUGUACAUUGUGCAAGAUAAUUCAUAACCAAGCAAUAUUCAUAUUACAGGAUAAUCUAUUAUAUCUAUGAAUAUUACAUUGAGACUGAACAAAUAAUUACACAGCUAAAAAUAUUACUCUCAAGUCCUCUCUCUCUUCAAUUAUUGUAGUCAAUUCGUUAAAUUUUGCUGACAGUUGUAUGACCUGUUAUCAAAGUACUCCAUAAUCCAAAUGUGUCUAAAAGUAUUCCCAAUGCUUCUUUCAUUCUAGAAAGCUAAAGGAAAGCUUGAAAGAAGAGGAAAGGAAAGCCGACUUCUAAGGAUCUAAUUUAGAUUAACAUUGCCAUUCAGAAUGAAUAAUUUUGAAAUGAGAAUGUUCCACUCUGUGAACUAAGGUUAUUAAAGAUUUACAGUUAGUCCAAUAUUGGAGGAUUUUAAAUUUUAAAAGAGUUAAGUUUUUCUCAAUGGCCCAAGACUGCAGAAUUUCACACUACAUUGGCAAGGAAAUGUGUUGAAAUUCCAGACCUAAAGUAACUUUUUCAAGGUUACAAAUUCCCUGAUUUUUCUGAAGGUAAAACUGGCAAAAUGAUCCUGGCUUCAAAAUGAAAUGGCUUGGUUGACUUCGAAAAUGUUUGGCAAAAAUUAUGAAUGUCAUCAACUCUUUAACAGUAGGAAGAGGUCUUUGUGGGGGGAACUCAGGAUACAGUGACUAGAACACAGUGUCUUAUGCUGACCACUGCCGAGUCUUCUGGAGCAUUUUCAAUGCCUUGAAUUUCAAGUUGUCACAAUGUCUUAUGUUUUGAAUAACAUCAUGAAUCAAGAAAGAUGAGGAAAAAACAUUUAAAGUUGGUUUUCAUGCCUCAUUUCAGAAUAAAGAUUUCCUUUACCCUCCUAAGUAAUAAAAGAUGAUAUGUCUUGAAACAGCUGUAGACAAUCAGAAUGUGUUCAUUUAUAAACAAGUCUUUUUUGUAUAUUCUAGCACCAAUCUUUGCCUAUGAACUACAAAAUCAAUACCCAUAGAGUCAGCUUGAUUUCCUUUCACUGGGCUUCUGUGAAUGCAUUUGGAAGUAGAAGGAUAAUCUGGGAAGUUUUUCCAUACUAUUUUCCCACUUGCCAAACAUUAAAUCUAAUUCAAGAUAAAUCUUAAAAAAAAAAAGUUUGUUUUUAAAAAUAACUAAGUUACUUCUCAUUGAUAGGAACAAUUUCUUUUUUUUUUUAGGAACAGGAAUAUAGCUAUCGCAGGCUCUGUUCUCUUACCAUUCUCAUAUAGUUACACGUGGAAUUAAUCUCAUCAUAUACACCUACCAGAUUUAUCUAUUGGAUUUUUUUGCCCUUGUACAAUCUUUCCAGACUUUUUUUUCAUAAAUGCUCUGUACAAUCACAUGUAAAAUCAUGAGCUACAAACCUCAAUAAAAAAUGUCAGUAAA